UGUCGUUUCACGUAUCAACUCUGUUCGACAGUUUAACAUGCUGUUAUAGAUUUUCAAACACUCCCUCCAUUUAAUAACUAACAUGAAUUUACAAAAGAUAAAGUCUUUUAGAAAGAUUCAAACUUGUUACUACAAUCAGUUUCAUUCUUUACAUUCCUUUGCUUCAACAAUCGAGCUUGAAUCCCAUGGUGAUACAAAAGAACCUGGUGUCUUCCAAGAUGCACCCCACCUGUUCGACAAAAUGCCUCAGAGAGAUUCUUCAGAUUCUAACCAUAACCACCUUCUAUUCGAGUACGCCCGAACCAAUAACAACGUCCAAGCUCUCAACCACUUUUUACAAAUCCGUCUUUUGGGUUUACCGGUCAACGGGGCAAGCUUUUCUUGUGUUUUAAAGAUAUGUGGAAGCUUGUGUGAUCAAAUAACAGGCAAGCAGAUACAUUGCGAUUGUAUUAAAUAUGGGUUUGUUGAGGAUGUUAGUGUGGGAACUUCUUUAAUUGAUAUGUAUGCGAAAACAGACGGAGUUGGGAUGGCGGAGAAGGUGUUCGAUGAAAUGCCUGACAGAAACGUGGUGUCGUGGACUUCAAUGCUUACCGGGUAUUCGUUAACGGGCCUCCAUGAUCGGGCUGUAGAGCUGUUUUUGCAGAUGCAGAUCGAAGGAAUCAAGCCGAACCCGUUUACGUUUGCCACUGUUCUCGGAGCUUUGGCGGACUGUGGUGCGGUUGUAAAAGGAAUGCAGGUGCAUACCAUGGUUGUAAAGUUCGGGUUUGAGCUGACGACAUACGUGUGCAAUUCUUUGAUUAGUAUGUAUUCGAAAUCCAGAAUGAUUAGAUCCGCAAAGGCGGUGUUUGACGGUAUGGACGUUAGAAACGCAGUUUCUUGGAAUGGAAUGAUAGCGGGUCUUGUAACAAACGGGCAUGAUUUAGUCGCACUCGAUUUGUUUCAUAAGAUGAGGCUUUCGAAUGUCAAACUCACGCAAGCGAUCUUCGUAACAAUAUUGAAAGUGUGCGCUAACAUUAAAGAAAUAGUUUUCGCAAAACAAAUCCACUGUUUCGUGUCGAAAAACGGUAUGGAAUCUGAUCCUAAUAUCGGAACCGCGCUUAUGGUUUCGUACACGAAAUGUUCUGAAAUGGAUGAUACGUUGAAACUGUUCGGUACGAUGAACGGGGUUAACAGUGUGGUGACAUGGACAGCGAUGAUCGGUGGAUUGAUACAAAAUGGAGACGCUAAUAAAGCGGUGGAUUUAUAUCGUCAAAUGUUACAGGAACGUGUUAGGCCAAAUGAGUUUACUUAUUCUACGCUUCUUGCCGCUCAUCCUACGGCUUCCGUUUACCAAAUUCACGCGCAAUCUAUUAAGACGAAUUACGAAUCGUCAACUUCCGUUGGCACUGCACUUUUAGAUGCUUAUAUGAAAAUAGGAAACCAUAACGAUGCCAUAAAAGUUUUCGAACGGGUGGAAGAAAAAGAUAUUGUUACAUGGUCGGCUAUUCUGGCGGGAUAUGCACAGUCGGGGGACGCUGACGGGGCGGUACGAGUCUUUCGCCAGCUGGCGAAUGAUGGGGUGAGACCAAACGAGUAUACGUUUUCGAGUAUUCUUAACGCGUGUGCUAGUCCAACGGCAGCAAUCGGGCAUGGAAAACAGUUUCAUGCAGGAUCGGUUAAAGAAAAUUACAAUAAUACAUUAUGUGUAAGCAGUGCGCUUGUGACAAUGUAUGCAAAACGAGGAGACAUCGAAAGUGCGAAUAAAGUUUUCGGAAGACAAACCGAAAGAGAUUUAGUUUCGUGGAACUCGAUGAUUUCAGGUUACGCACAACAUGGGUACGGGAAAAAAGCUCUUGAGAUAUUCGAAAAAAUGCGGAAAGAGAAUUUAAAAAUGGACGAUAUAACGUUUAUCGGAGUGAUUACUGCAUGUACGCACGCGGGAUUAGUCGAUGACGGUGAAAGAUACUUUAACAUGAUGGUGAAAGAUCUUAAAAUUGUUCCGACGUCAGAACAUUACUCGUGUAUGGUUGAUAUGUACAGCCGAGCAGGAUUGUUAGAAAAAGCUACGGAUUUUAUAAAUGACAUGCCGUUUCCCGCUGGCGCAACGAUCUGGCGGUCGCUUUUGGCUGCUUGUCGUGUGCAUAAAAACGUGGAAAUAGGAAAGUUAGCGGGAGACAAACUUAUGUUGUUAAAGCCUCAAGAUUCGGCGGCUUACGUAUUGCUAUCGAAUCUAUACGCGACAUCUGGCGAUUGGAUAGAAAGAUCGAAAGUACGGAAGUUAAUGGACGAGAGGAAGGUGAAGAAAGAAGCGGGUUGCAGUUGGAUUGAAAUCAAGAACAAGACGUAUUCGUUUGUUGCGGGUGAUACGUCACAUCCUUUAUCAGAUCGUAUUUAUUUGAAGUUGAAAGAGUUAGGUUUGCGGUUAAGGGAUGCGGGGUAUUUGCCGGAUGUUAGUUAUGUUCUUCAUGAUGUUGAAGAUGAACAUAAGGAAGAUAUUCUUUUUGGUCAUAGUGAGAGAUUAGCGGUUGCGUUUGGGUUGAUUGCGACACCGCGUGGAACGUUGUUGCAGAUUGAGAAGAACCUUAGGGUUUGCGGUGAUUGUCAUACCGUGUUUAAGUUGAUUUCGAGGAUUGAAGAAAGAGAAAUAGUUGUUAGGGAUUCGAAUCGGUUUCAUCAUUUUAAAGAUGGUGUAUGCUCUUGUGGAGAAUAUUGGUGACCAUUUAUAGAAAAACUUCAUGUUAGUAUGCAUACAAAUGGAAAAAAUCGACAAGCAUAAGAUACAUUCAUUUGUUAAGGUC